UGACGAGGUCAACAGGACGUGUUUUUCUUUAAAACAAACGAUUGAAAAAGUGAAAAUUUACACGUGAAAAAUCUCAUAUUUAUUUUGAUGUUAAGUAAUUUCAUCUAUGCUGUCGCGUCAGUGCCGAUAGUAUUUCUAUGAAUUCUACGAUCACAAUCGAAGAUAUAGACGAAGAGGUGAUUGAUUUGGAUUCUAGCCAAGAUGCCAUCAACGAUGCUGACAAAGAUCAAAGUGAAUGUCCGAUCGAAAAGAAUUCACUAUCGGACAACAUUGAGGACAGGACGCAUAUGCAGAACGAAAAUUUGGAGAAUGUUAUAAAUGCAACUAAAUUGGUAACUUGUAUUGAUAUAGAUAUACCGAAACCACUUUUUAAGGUUAUGUUUCGCGACGAAAAUGUUUCACGGCAGUAUAGUAACAAACUAAAAAAGUUUUUAGAAGAAUUAGUAUCUUCCAAGAUUAAGAGUCAAGAAAGUGAUAGUGGUUUAACUUUAGAAAUUUGGGAUGAUGAUACUGAUUCUACAAGUCAGUCUAUCGUUAUUACCACAGACAAUGAUGAUAGUCAGGAUAUAAUAUGCGACACGUUGUUUACCGUAGAUACAAACCCAAAAGUUAAAGACGAUUUUGAUAUUCCAACUUAUGGGAAGAAAUAUGAGAAUGUGUUUGACAAAGUACAACUAGAAUCAAAUACUAAGACAAAGGAUGAUUGUCCACCAAAAUUAAUGUGUUUUAAUUGUUCGGAAAAUCAUAAUUUAAGAGAUUGUCAAAAACCGCGCAAUCAAAGUAACAUAGAUAAAAAUAGAAAGAGUUUUAAUAUGAAAGGAAACUCAAGGACGCUUAGAUAUCAUUUAGAAGACGAUCAAAAGUUUGGUCAUCUGGUUCCUGGUCAAUUAACUAGCAAAUUACGCAGAGCAUUAGGUCUUAAGGAUAAUGAAAUACCUGUGCAUAUAUACAGAAUGAGAACACUCGGUUACCCUCCAGGAUGGUUGGAGGAGGCACGUUUACAACAUUCUGGUUUGACGCUAUUUAAUUCCGAUGGUGUCGCGGAAAAUGAUCCUGACGAUGAACCAGGAAUCAUUAUUGAAAAAGGAGAUAAAGACCAAUAUGAUAUUAGAAAAAUAUACGAUUUCCCUGGUUUUAAUGUACCACCUCCACCGGGUACUCGUGAUGAGCAAAUACAAUACUGGGAUGCAGAAUUGCAAAACAUUCAUAGCAAACAAACAAUGCUAUCAGUGUUAAGAGGGAAGAAAGCGGAUGAUGGAUAUAAACGAAAGAAGCUCAAAAUAUCUAAUAAUACGGAAAAAGAUAAUUCAGCACCGACAUCUAGUGAAAUGGAAAUUGAAGAUGUGGAAGAAUGUGUAGUAGAAUGCAUUCCUGUUAAUGGACUUUUUAUACCGCCAUUGCCAAAAGAAGCUACUAAAAAACCACCAUUACCCCCAUUGGUAAGAGAAACUAUUGAAAAACCAUCAGAAGCACCAUUGGUAAGGGAAGCUUCUGAAAAAUUACCAGAAAAAGCUACUGAAAAGCCACCAGAACCACCAUUGCCCGGAGAAGAUAUUGAAAAACCAUUAGAACCACCAUUACCAGAAGCUACUGCAAAACCACCAGACCUACCACUAUCACAAGAAGCUAUUAUUAAACCAGUAGAAUCAUUACCAUCAUCGCAGAUAGUAUCUGAGGACUCAGAUUAUCAUUCUCAGGAAUUGCAGUUUCCUGAGCUACUGGAGGAUAGCAUAUCACCAUCCCGAACAAAUUCCCCGUCGUUGUCAGAUUUAGAGAACAUGAAAAAGCAAUUACUCGUAGAACUUCUUGAAACAAAUUCACAGUCAAAUUCUGAUGUUUCGUCGAAAAGCAAUUCAAAUAUAGUAUCAAAAUCUGAUAUGCCACCGCCUAGUAACGAAAUUACACCAGAAUCAAAUCGUACUCGUCGAAAUGAAAGGAGAACGAGUCAUGGAAGUGUAAAAUCAGUUGAUUUCGGUACUCCUGUUCUACAAAGUACAUCCGCCUAUAGUAAAUUACCAUCGUCCGAGAAAUUUUCAAAAGAUAUUUGUGAUGUGAUCAACUUUGAGAACCUGCCAAAUUCAACAGGUAAGUAUAAACAAAUGUCUGGGGUUUUGCAUAAAGUGAGAAAUACAUUAGCAAAACUUCAUCAAUAACGAUAAGAAUUCGAAGCAUAAUUCAUAAUAAAAUUCGGAGCAUAAUAAGCAAUAAUUCUAUUUAUUUAUAAACGUAACACAGAGACAAACGAAGUCCAGUGAAAUAUUCUUUUUAAUCAAAAAGUAAUGUAUUUUAAUUUAGAUUGUAUUAUUAAAAACAUUUUGGUUAUAAGUUUGAAAAAGGCACAUGCAAUAUCUUUAUUUUAUUAGUGUUACUUUAGAUCAUAUACGUUUUAUCCAACAAUUCAUUAAUUGUCAACAAUUCUAAUUGAUAGAUAAAAGCUAAUCAGAUAUUUUAUAAGAAAAAUAUGCUACUGCAUUUGUCAUGUAUGUAAUUACCUUACGUGGUAGGGGGCCUUGACAUAAAAUACAAUCGUCCUUAUAAUUGGUCUUUCUAUUUAUCAUAAAAGUAGAAAAAAAAUUCAUAAAUUUCAACAAAAUUUCAUGACGUCUCACUUUCAAAAAGUACAAAGAUAUAGUAUUUUUCUAUUGAUUGGUGACAUUUUCUCAUGUAUUUGCAUGUAAAUGAACAUUUAAUACCCAUUAAAGCAUUUUGUUACUUAAUAUUAUUAAUCAGUUAAUCACAACAUAAUCGUGAUUUUGCUUUCUUCCUUUUGUAGACUUUGAUCAUUAUGCUAAAUCAUUUCAGAAUUGGCGAAUAAUUUUAUUGAUAUAAAUGAAAUCUUUAUGUAUAUAAAAAAAAAUAAUAAUAAUUUUCAAAUAGUAAACUACUACUAUAUACUAUGAAGUAUAUGUAUGUAAAGCAUUCGUCAUUGAAAUACAAUAAUCAUAAAUGUUUGUGAAAACAUUUAAUGUUUCUUUUUUUUGUCACUUAUAUAUCACACGUGUAUAUAGGUAGACUGCUCAUGUUAUAAACUAUAAAAUAAAAUAGUUGGUCAUGAAAGAUCAUAUACUUCGCUAUUUUUAUAUAAAAACAUUUUAUUUCAAUAAUAGCAGAAGAUUCACCAAUUCUAAAAAAAUGUGUAUAUAUGUAAAUAGAAGAAAAAAUGUGUUUUUAUAAUGAUGAAAGGAUGAAAACAGAAACACUUCGCUAAUAUAUUUGAAGUGUAUUUUUUUUUCCACCUAAGAAACUUUCAUUCUUUUCUAGAAUUUUAAUCGGUUGGAUCAUUUUCAUUCUAUUACAUGUCUAUUACUUUUUGAAAUAAGGAUUAUACGUAGCAUUUGUCAUCUAUUACAUACCAGUAGACUAUUAAAUUCCAUGUAAUUACACAUAAGUUUUUAAUUAUAGAUGUAUUAAUUCUUUUCUACACAAAUAAUUUGUAAAUAUUAUGUUCUGUAAUAAUUAAGUACAGUAUAUAAAAUUAAAGUGGAGUUUAUUUUCAUAAACUAAAAUGGAAAAAUAAAAUCGAUACGAAAUAUUAUGCAUAAUAUUUAUUGUCAAAAAUGUAAAACAGUGGAAAAGAUUAAUAGUAUAAACCACUCGUUUUGCAUUCGUUGCGUCUAAUUAAAUUUCAAAUGUUUCAUACAAUGAAAUCAAGUAAGGUGAUUUUUUUAAGAAAACUGUAGUACUGCAAAAUAGAAAAGGCUUUUAUAAAUACAUCAUUUUCUUGAUUAA